AGAAGUUAGGAAUGACUGCACAGUCAGAGGGUUCUCGGUUGAACGUGGACGCGCAUCGGACAGUCCUUGCACUUUGAAACCCACGCCCAUCGUGACGUGUGGCACCGCAUGAAAUGGAGUGAAAAGAGUGUGUUCCCUUAAAAUCUGAGGUUUCCAGCGCUGGACGUGUAUAGGAGGCUACCGUGGACGUUCGUCGGAUCCAUGUAUGAACUCUAACUUUGAGCUCCUCGCAACUUUGCCAGGUCUAAUGUUUCCUGACCAAGUGACACCAGCGAGAGAAUGCGGCUGCUUACUUACGCAAGUUUGUUCUGGUUUAUGCUCAAGUCAGGGCUGGCUCUGCAGAUCCAGUGUUAUCACUGUGAAGAGGUCACUCAAAAUGACUGCUCCACACCUGAGUUCAUUGUCAACUGCACUGUCAACGUUCAGGACAUGUGCCAGAAGGAGGUAUUAGUGACAGAAGACGGGAAGCACUACCGCAAGUCCUGCGCAUCGUCUGGGGCCUGCCUCAUCGCCUCCUCUGGCUACCAGCAGUUCUGCACAGGGAAGCUCUACUCAGUGUGCAUCAGCUGCUGCAACACUCCCCUCUGUAAUGGACCCCGUCAGAAGAAACAGAGUGCCGGAAACAGAGUUCCCUCUGCCGCCUCGUCCCUAAGCCCACUACACAGCCUCUCCAUCCUUUUUCUUCCCUUCCUUCUGCGCCCACCCUCCAUAUUCAGCUGAGAGCCUAUGAUUGGCUGGUUUGGUCUCAUCAAGACUGUGGUUAAAAUUUUAGGCUUGAUACGGUCAAUGGAUGUAUGACACUGUCCUAACAUAGACACGGUAUUUAGAUGAUGUCUUAAUAAGGACAGCAACGAAAGGUCGAAGGGCAUUGAUUGAAGAAAGGUUCUGAAGGAACCUCCCAAAUAUGUUUAUAGUGUCAGUCAUAUGCACCACAGGAAAGGACUUUGGCGAGUGGAAGUGAGGUGGCCAUGGAGCAAUAUCACUUCUAAUGGGUCACAUUUUACCCCCUUUUUCCUCCUAACAUAACAAUGGUCAUUAUGGCCAAACUAUUUUUGUUUGAUCAGACCAGAGGACAUUUCUCCAAAAAGUACGAUCUUUGUCCCCAUGUGCAGUUGCAAACUGUAGUCUGGCUUUUUUAUGGCAGUUUUGAAGCAGUGGCUUCUUCCUUGCUGUCCGGCCUUUCAGGUUAUAUCAAUACAGGACUCGUUUUACUGUGGAUAUAGAUACUUUUGUACCUGUUUCCUCCAGCAUCUUCACAAGGUCUUUUGCUGUUGUUCUGGGAUUGAUUUUCACUUUUCGCACCAAAGUACGUUCAUCUCUAGGAGACAGAACACGUCUCCUUCCUGAGAGGCAUGACGGCUGCGUGGACCCAUGGUGUUUAUACUUGCGUACUAUUGUUUGUACAGAUGAACGUGGUAACUUCAGGCAUUUGGAAAUUGCUCCCAAGGAUGAACCAGACUUGUGGAGGUCUACAAACAAAAUUCUGAGGUGUUGGCUGAUUUCUUUUGAUUUUCCCAUGAUGUCAAGCAAAGAGGCACUGAGUUUGAAGGUAGGCCUUGAAAUACAUCCACAGGUACACCUCCUAUUGACUCAAAUGGUGUCAAUUAGCCUAUCAGAAGCUUCUAAAGCCAUUACAUAAUUUUCUGGAAUGUUCCAAGCUGUUUAAAGGCACAGUCAACUUACUGUAUGUAAACUUCUGACCCACUGGAAUUUUGAUGAAGUGAAAUAAUCUGUUUAAAAAAUUGUUGGAAAAAUUACUUGUGUCAUGCAGAAAGUAGAUGUCCUAACCGACUUGCCAAAACUAUAGUUUGUUAACAAGAAAUUUGAGGAGUGGUUGAAAAACUAGUUUUUAUGACUCCAAGCUAAGUGUAUGUAAACUUCCGACUUCAACUGUAUAUUAUUAUAAGAGGGUCCUAUUCAAUCGGUAUCGCUGAAGCGCAAAAUUUUGCGUGCUACUGUACAAAUGUUCUCUGCGACAGCGGGAACGUUGUCUCUAAUUGUGAAUCAUGCUUUAAAGCUGAACUGGACUACAGACACAAAAUGAACAAAAAACACAAAUAAACCAACAAAGAGUAACUGACCAUUUUUUGUAUUACGACAUCCAUUUUAGGAAGUCGUCAACUCUGUCAGUGGUCAGUUAUGGAUGCCAUGCAAAUCAAUGGAAAAGAAUACUUUGGACACAAUGUACAAUGCAGUCACCAGGUCAUGAUGAACAGUGUUGAGAACAUUUUGUGAAUGUGAUAAUAUGAGUUACAGUAUGGAGAAGUGUUUAUCUCUUGUCAAGGAAACACAUCACUGUAAUCAACACUUCCAAUACGAACCUUUUCCAAUGCUCCAACUUUUAAAAUGUACAGUAUGAGAUGGAAUUGGUAAAAAUGAUCCUGACUGUGCUUUGACUGCAUGUAAUAUGUUAGACUCCUCACGUCUUUAGUCUGUAGAGGCACCACACUUAUCAGCUUGUGACAGAUUGUUGCAGUCUUUGUUGGAGGAUAUGCUGUAUUCCUCUCUGGUUGAUUGAUUGAAUACUGUAAUAGAGAAGACAGCUUAGUGGCUCUCCUUGGGUUCAAUUUUCAUGGUCACCUAGAAGUCAUUCUUGACUGUAUUUGACUCACCCGAUCAAUUCUACUUCAUAACCGAAGCCAAGAAGCAUAUUUUGUCACGUUUAUCAAAUCAAAUUGUAUUUGUCACAUGCGCCAAACACAACAUGAAAUGCUUACUUACAAGCCCUUAACCAAUAAUGCAAUUUUUUAGAAAAUAAGAGUUAAGAAAAGAUUUACUGAAUAAACUCAAGUUUAAAAAAGUUACAAUAAAAGAACAAUAACGAGGCUAUGUACAGGGGGUACCGGUACUGAGUCAAUG